UGCGUCUUCGAUUUGAUUGUCCACCGUGAAGUCCCUUGUUACGAUUGAAAGGAUGAGUAUGAUUAUGUUCACGUGGUACGAACGCACCACAUGUGCUGUCCUCAUCUACCAGUUAUCUAACGUUCGUAUCAAAACUUGAUAAGAUAUUGUAUAUAAUUCAAUUCAUUGCCACGGAUGUUCACUUUAUACAUAGAUUUGACACUGAGGGAUCCACCUGAAACAUAAAAUAUGAUUGUUGCUUUACUUCUUGCCUCCAUUGCCGUUGCGCAGUGUCAAGUAGUUCCUCUUUGGAUCAGGGAACCUCAGUUUUACUACCAAAAUGAAGAAUCUGCCAACAUAAGAAUGGAGGUGUUUUUAGAUCCAGUUAGUCCAGUUUCAAAUGCGACUUGGACUGUGAUGAAGCAACUGGCGGCAAAUUACGGGCGUGGAACCAUGUCCCUCAAGUACUUUGUACAUCCCGUAUCCUAUCGAAGAAGUUCCUUCCCAGCAGUGCAGGCAUUCUUCGUCGUGAACAGUCUCAGUCCAGCCAACUCCCUUGCAUUCCUCGAGACAGUCAUGUCACGUGCUGAUGAAUUCACAGAUGAGGCAGCUAACAAAUAUACAACCGAACAAAUAACAAAGAAAUUUUCACUUAUUUUCCAAGAGGUGACGGGACUGCCCGCUUUCUAUUUCGAUGCAUACUUCGAGAGGUUUAGAGGGACCGCUAUGGCCCAGUGGAAGUAUGCAGUUAGACGAGGUGUUGCGGAUGGCCCAUGGUUCUUCCUUAAUGGCGUUGAUAUGAUAAAGCCUGCCGACAAAGUUGUUGGCUUUGCUGAAUGGACCAGACUUCUCAACCAGUUUGUCCGAUCGUACGAAGGAUCAAACUUUGCAUUGAAUGACGAGGGUAACUUUACCACAGCUGUUCCACCAAAGACAACAACUGAACCAAUGACAAAAUCUACCGCCUCGAAUGUGAAAACUACCAAGGAACAACCUACAUUCACUAAUGCAACGACAGUAGGACCAUCUACUACACAAACACCCAGACCAACCCCUGCACCUGUCAACACAAGACCCCAGGUACUGAGAGUGCCCAGACAGCUACCAGGUUACGUCUACAGCGGUGAUAGUGACGCCCAGUACCAUAUCGAGAUGUAUGUGGAACCACUCUGCCCAGGAUCCUCAAGCCAAUACAAAAUAUUGAAGCAACUUGUCCAGAUGUAUGGCCCCAAGAAGCUUCGUUACACCCUUCUCCCAUUCCCAUUGAUCUUCCACACAAAUGGUUUUGUAACUGUACAGGGUUACAUGCAAGUCCUUGAUAAGGCACCUGAAAAUAUCACAAAAUACAUGGACAUUAUGUAUGAUGAAGGGAUUAUUCUACUCUCCAAUGGAAUCGCCGAGCAGUUCACUAGAGCCGAAACUAUUGAGCAUCUGGCUGAAAUCCAAGCUGAGGCAACUGGAAUUUCCGAAGAAAGUUUUGUAGCAAACUUUGAAAAAUACUUCCAAGAUGCAAAGGACGCUUGGCAACAGGCAGGCAGACGAGGCGUGGCCAGCACACCAUGGUAUUUCGUGAACGGUGUCGAAAUCAACACGGAGUCUGAUAUCACAUACCGCAUGAGCCUGAGCGACUGGGAAAGGACGAUUGCUGAAUGGGACGCUGCGAAUAAAAAUUAAAUUAUUUUGUCUGUUUUUUUGUUGAUGCUAAAUAUAUGUUUUAACUUAUUGUAA